CAACAGUCGACUCGAUGCGACUUGGCCCUUGGUUCGUUCGAUGGCUGCUAGCCCGGCUGCUAGCGCCGUAUGCCUCGGGCCCGAAAUAAGAAUACGACCAAAAGUCCGCCAGCGGGAUGUCAAUGUCCCGACGGCCUUGUAUAACUGUGGUUGAGAAUGCUCCCACCUCUGUUGCCUUCUUGCCUUCCUGCCCUCUUACCUUCUUGCUUUCAUCGUGUUCUUCUUUCGCCAUACAAGAAGCCUUAUUUAAGCACUCCCUUCAAUUCUCUCUUCUCCUUUGACUUUUCGCCCCUACCUUGUCGUCAUCGGCAUCCCCUUUAACCUUACUUAAAGUCUUAUUGACAGCCGCGUCGCCAUAAGUAAAUACUGCGCUUUCAAGUCGCAAGCUAAUUCAGCAACACCCAAAACACCUAGAACUCUGGGGGACACACCUGCAAAGGGCACUCGAUUCAGUACUGCAACCCUUCUGCGAUUACUAUCUCCCAAUAGCCGCCAGUCAUGGCUGGCGAACCGUCCGAGAAGGGCGAGGGCCAAUCGCAUCGAACAUCAAGCCAUGGUGAUUCGACAGACGAGCACGAAUCUACGAGAAAACAAAAAACCGAACCCGAUGCCAUACAAGUACCUUCCGAUGACCCUGCGGCCCUCGCGAAGUUGGACUCUAACAUCAAGGUUGAAGUCAAGGAUGAAGAUCUCUACGCCCACCUUCCGCCAGCCGAGGCACAAAUAUUAAGGAGACAGGUUGACAUUCCCGAUGUUAAAAGUGGUUGGAAAACACUAUAUCGCUACUCCACGGCAUGGGACAUCCUAAUUAUCGUUGUCAGCGCAAUAUGCGCUAUUGCUGCUGGAGCUGCGUUGCCACUGAUGACCGUCAUUUUUGGUAACCUGGCAGGCGAUUUCAAUGGAUACUUUCAAGGCCUCACCUCCCGCUCCGGAUUCGAACACACGAUCACGCAUAUGGUCCUCUACUUUGUAUACAUCGGAAUUGCUGAGUUCGUCACAGUCUACAUCUCUACCGUCGGGUUCAUUUACACGGGAGAACAUAUCAGUGGGAAGAUCAGGUCGCAUUAUCUCGAGGCUUGCAUGAGGCAGAAUAUUGGCUUCUUUGACAAGCUUGGCUCCGGAGAAAUCACCACCAGGAUCACGGCAGAUACGAAUUUGGUUCAAGAUGGGAUUUCCGAGAAGGUCGGACUGACUCUGACUGCUGUGGCGACUUUUGUCACAGCCUUCAUUAUUGGCUUCAUCAAGUCCUGGAAGCUUACCCUGAUUCUCACAUCCACGGUUUUCGCAAUUACCGCGAUCAUGGGCAGUGGUUCCACCUUCAUUAUCAAGUUCAGCAAGCAAUCCCUGGAAUCCUAUGCCCUGGGAGGUACAAUCGCAGAGGAAGUCAUUUCUUCCAUCAGAAAUGCUACUGCUUUCGGAACCCAGGACAAGCUUGCUCGCCAAUAUGACGAACAUUUGGCCAAGGCCGAGAAAUAUGGCUACAAGGUCAAGUUUGUCCUUGCUUGUAUGGUCGGUGGCAUGUUCUUGAUUCUUUACCUUAAUUAUGGCCUCGCAUUUUGGAUAGGCAGCAGAUUCUUGGUGAAGAACGAGAUCACCCUUUCUCAAAUCCUCACAAUCUUGAUGUCAGUCAUGAUUGGUGCAUUUUCGCUCGGAAACGUUGCCCCCAACAUACAAGCAUUCACAACCGCCAUGUCAGCUGCUGCGAAGAUCUUCAACACCAUUGAUCGUGUUUCCCCUCUGGAUCCAACCUCGGAUGCUGGAAUCAAGCUGGACCAUGUAGAUGGUAACCUUGAACUCCGCAAUAUCAAGCACAUCUACCCAUCGCGACCAGACGUGACGGUCAUGCAGGACGUCAGUAUGACUAUUCCAGCUGGCAAAAUGACUGCAUUGGUUGGAGCUUCUGGAUCCGGUAAGAGUACAAUUGUCGGCUUAGUAGAGCGGUUUUAUGACCCGGUCAAGGGCCAGGUUUUCUUAGACGGGCACGAUGUCAGUACUUUAAAUCUGCGUUGGUUGCGGCAACAGAUCUCGUUAGUCAGCCAAGAGCCUACACUUUUUGGCACUACGAUCUUCGAAAACAUUCGCCAUGGAAUGAUUGGGACCAAAUUCGAGAACGAGAGUGUGGAGAAGCAGAAGGAGCUUAUUAUCGAUGCUGCUAAGAUGGCAAAUGCCCACGACUUUAUCACUGGAUUACCGGAAGGAUACGAAACCCAUGUCGGUGAGCGAGGCUUCCUACUUUCUGGAGGUCAAAAGCAACGUAUUGCAAUUGCCAGAGCUGUUGUCAGUGAUCCAAAGAUUCUUCUUCUCGACGAAGCAACCUCAGCACUCGACACAAAAUCGGAAGGUGUGGUCCAAGCUGCGCUCGAGGUUGCAGCGGCUGGCCGAACAACAAUCUCUAUCGCCCAUCGCCUUUCGACUAUCAGAGAUGCCGACAACAUUGUUGUUAUGAGUGAAGGCCGCAUUGUCGAACAGGGUACUCACGAUGAGCUGUUGAUGAAGCGAGGUGCCUAUGCUGGCCUUGUCGAAGCCCAGAAGAUAGCUGCUCUCGAUGAGGUAUCAUCCGAAGAGCAGGGGAAGAUCGACGCUGAGGAUGAUGAGCUUGUUCGCCAGUUGACUGGAGGUUACGAAAAGGAUCCAGAUGACAAGAAUAUCUCGAACAAGUUGAGUCGCACGCAAUCCGAGAAGUCUCAAUCAUCAUUGGCGUUGCAGCGCCGCACAAGCAAUGGGGAGCAACAGGAUUCUCUCUGGACAUUGGCCAAAUUGAUUGCUUCGUUCAACAAGCAGGAAAUCCAUUUGAUGUUCGUUGGACUUUUCUUCUCUAUCAUUUGCGGUGGGGGAAAUCCAACCCAAGCCGUGUUCUUUGCCAAGGAGAUUCUCGCCUUGGCAAUACCACUCACCAAUCCGCGUACAGGUGCAGUAAUCCCAGGAGCAGCACAUGAAAUCCGCCACCAAGUCGACUUUUGGUCACUCAUGUACUUGAUGCUUGCUCUUGUGCAAUUCGGAGCAUUCUGUACCCAAGGUGUUGCCUUUGCCUUCUGCUCCGAAAGACUCAUCCACCGCGUACGAGACAGAGCUUUCAGGACGAUGCUGAGACAGGAUAUCGAGUUCUUCGACAAGGAAGAGAAUACAGCUGGUGCCUUGACCUCCUUCCUCAGUACUGAGACAACUCACGUGGCUGGACUUUCAGGUGUCACUCUUGGCACUCUUCUUACUGUCAUCACGACCUUAAUUGCAGCAAUCACUGUUGGAACUGCUAUUGCCUGGAAGCUGGCCCUCGUUUGCACUUCCGCGAUUCCGGUUCUCCUCUGCUGUGGUUUCUUCCGUUUCUGGCUCUUGGCUCAAUUUCGACGCAGAGCGAAGAAAGCGUAUGAGAAGAGUGCCAGUUUUGCUUGCGAGGCAACCGGCGCCAUCCGCACUGUUGCUUCCUUGACAAGGGAGGACGACGUUUCUAGGAUCUACAUCGAGUCCAUUAAUGUGCAGGCCAAGAAGAGUUUGGAAUCCGUCUCGAAGUCCUCGCUCUUGUACGCUGCAUCGCAAUCGUUGAUGUUCGCUUGUGUUGCUCUUGGCUUUUGGUAUGGUGGCAAUCGUAUUGCUGAUCGUGAAUAUACGAUAUUCCAAUUCUUCGUCUGUUUCUCUGCCGUCAUCUUCGGCGCCCAGUCCGCUGGUACGAUUUUCUCCUUCGCGCCGGAUAUGGGCAAAGCCAAACAAGCAGCACAAGAGCUGAAGAUCCUCUUCGACCGGAAGCCGACCAUCGACUCCUGGUCUCAAGACGGAGCUCGCCUCGAAUCAGUCGAAGGCACUAUCGAGUUCCGUGACGUCCACUUCCGCUACCCAACCCGUCCCGAGCAGCCCGUCCUUCGUGGUCUCAACCUCACCGUCUCCCCUGGCCAGUACAUUGCCCUAGUCGGAGCCUCCGGCUGCGGUAAAUCCACCACCAUUGCCCUGCUAGAACGUUUCUAUGACCCGCUCGUAGGAGGCAUCUACAUCGACGGCAAAGAAAUCUCCUCCCUCAACCUCAACGACUACCGCUCCUUCAUUGCCCUCGUCUCCCAAGAACCAACACUCUACCAAGGCACCAUCCGCGAGAACGUGCUCCUCGGCGCCGACCGCGACGACGUUCCCGACUCGGAAAUCGAGUUCGCCUGUCGCGAAGCUAACAUCUACGACUUCAUCAUGUCCCUCCCCGACGGCUUCUCUACAGUGGUCGGCUCAAAAGGCUCCAUGUUAUCUGGCGGUCAGAAACAGCGAAUAGCCAUCGCCCGUGCUCUGCUCCGCGACCCGAAGAUCCUUCUCCUCGAUGAGGCGACCAGUGCCCUGGAUUCAGAGUCUGAAAACGUCGUGCAAGCAGCACUCGACAAGGCCGCGAAGGGAAGAACGACGAUCGCGGUAGCGCAUAGAUUGAGCACAAUUCAAAAAGCGGAUAUCAUCUAUGUGUUUGAUCAAGGUGUUAUCGUGGAGCAUGGCACACACGCGGAGUUGAUGAACAAGAACGGGAGGUACUCGGAGCUUGUUAACCUGCAGAGUUUGGGGAAGCAUGCUCCGUAGAGCUUGCAUUGGGGAAGGAAUGUUUUCUUUUCUUUCGCUUAAUAUUACACACGGGGAUUUGGUGGCCCUUGAAAGGCUUUGAUUGCAUGGCGAUGGCGUUUUGAUGGGAAUACUCGUUUGGGCGAAGAAAAUGGGUGGGUAGAGAUAGAUGGCGGGAUGGGCUGAGAGGACCUCCACUCCGUCCACUUUGUGUGGAUGAGAUCUUACAUACAUCUCCAAUCUACGAGAAAUAUCUGGAA